AUGGAAGAAGAAUCAAAAUCAAUGAUGAUGAUUGAGCAAAGAAUUCGGGAGUAUCUGCAACUGAGCGAAGACGAUGAGGAGACACCACGAGUGGAGGGAUUAGUAGGGGAAGGAAGAAGUUUCUACGAGGAUUUCAGCCUCCGAGGAAUCCGAGUCAACCGGGUCGACCCGGGUUUCAUUUCCUGCACUUUCAAGGUUCCUCUUCGUUUGACGAACAGAGACGGGUAUCUAGCAAAUGGUGCGAUUGCAAAUCUUGUGGAUGAGGUUGGUGGGGCUGUUGUACAUGUACAAGGUUUACCCAUGAAUGUUUCUGUCGACAUGUCUAUCGCAUUCCUUUCCGUAGCUAAGCUCGGCGAGGAGUUGGAGAUAACGUCGAGAGUAUUGGGAGAGAUAGGGAGUUAUAAAGGAACAAUCGUUGUUGUGAGAAACAAGAAGACCGGAGAGAUUAUAGCGGAAGGUCGACAUUCUUUGUUUGGCAGACAAGCUAGUAAGCUUUGA